GUCUUCGUUUUGCAUCAACUACAGCUGGUGUCAAAACUGAGACUAAAGUGGACACAAGCGAAAAUGAGAUUGUUGCCCCAGACUUCACUAACAGGAAUCCUCGGAACUUGGAGGAGUUGGCCCUGGCUAGGAAGGAGCGUGGCUGGAAGACAACGUGGCCAAAGCGUGAGUUCUGGUAUAGAUUACGGCUUGAGCGGACCCAGCAUUAUGUAGAAGCCUUCGUUGAGCGCUGUAAUGGGGAUGUUGUGGUAUCUGCCUCUACCCGGGAGUGGGCCAUAAAGAGACACCUAUACAGCCCCAAGGGAGUAACAGCAUGCAAAAACCUUGGCCGUGUAAUGGCACAGCGCUGCUUGGAAGCAGGAAUCAACUUUGUGAACUUUAAAGCCGUUAUUCCCUGGGAACGUCGUUGUGACUCGAUUCAGGAAUUUGAAAAAGCUAUGGAGGAGGGUGGUGUUGUUCUGCGUGAGCCACGAAGAAUCUAUCAGUAA